GAGUAGCGGCGGUAGUAGCAUAUACGGCGGUUUAACUCGCGGGGAAAACUCUGAGAGCACGAGCUCGCGAUCCUCAGUCGCGUGUGACACGCGGCCUAGUACGCGCUCGGAUCGCCAUCCGGAUCGUCUCAUUUGCGUGGCCGCGUCGUGCUCGAUCGACCUCGAGGGUCGUUGAUCGUGGGAACUGACGGGAACAGUGCAUCUUGAGAGUACUCAGACUUUGUAGAGUCGAAAUUGCCAUUUCUAUAUUUAUGAGAAAUUGGUUAAAAUUGAAUUCCUUUUACCGAUAUGAUAUUAACGCAGGCUGUGGAUGUUUUUGGUUUUAUGUUCGAUAGUUUUAUCGACAGAGAUCGAUAGAGAUCGUGGAUCGUAUUCUUGAAUUCGAGUCUGAAAGAUCUAUGGGAUGCAGCAACUGACGAAGAUCGUGAGCAGUGGAUAUUUUUGGAUGUUGCGGGCUCGAGCUUGGAAUUUUUAUUGACAAAGAUCGUGCGGAUCGUGGAUCCUGGAAAUUUAUGAAUUCAGGUUUGAAAGUUUUAUAAGACGGGGAUCGUGGAUAGUGAAGACGUUCUCGAACUUUAUCGAUUUCAGAUUGGAAGAAUCGAUGGAUCGUAAAUAUCCUUGGAUCUCGUAAAUUCGUGUCAUUGUUAUUAAAACCGACGAAUACAGUUGAAAUCCUGAGUAUUCGCGAAUUUUACAGACUCGUCUUUCGAAUACUUCUCAACGCAAGUUGAACGCAGUCGUGGACAUUUUUGGAUUACUUAUUUAUAUUUUUAUCGACGUUAUUGGCAGACAUCGAAAGUCGUGGUUUUAAUGGAACCAAUGACAUCAACGAAGCUCGUAGAUCGUCGAUAUUCUGGACUUUGGUUGUCCAAGUUUGACAUUUUUAGAGCUGAUAAAACUGAUAGAGAUCACAGAUCGUGAACGUCCUGAGAUUUUGUGAAUUGAAGUUUGCCGUUGGAGAGUUUGAACGUUGAGCAACGCUUUCGCGUUUGGAAAAUUUAAGUCUAAAAUACUUUUGUAAUUUCUGACUGAUACUCGCUCUUGUAGAUCUCGAAGACACUUAAAUAUCGAGACUUCGAGACGGAAAAUUUUAUUACCCAGAUCGAUUAGUAGUCAGAAGACACGGUACAAAAUAAAAUAGCGAUUUUAUGAGAUUCCACGAAUACGAAGCUUCUUUCCAACUGAAAUUUUUAAUAUCUCCGAAUCUAAGAAACAUACCGCAACGUAUCUUUGUAAAACUCUUAUAAAUUUUGAAUAACUGUGCAUACUUUAAAAUCACGAUUUACUGCGAACAGUGUUUUAAACUUCGUCCUGUAAAUCCAAGAAACUUUUACGUCUCAACAAUUCGCAACUAACACCCUACAUAAACAAAAACCACGAUUUAUUUCAUUUUUCACGCUGCAUCUCGCAAACUCGUCUCUCUAUUUGCCUCCACCGACUCAACAAACUCGUACUUUCCCAUUAACGAAGAAAGCAACAACGACAAAGUCCGAGUGUCCAAGAGAAACCUUCGCAAAGCCCCACGUAGCUUCCGGAAAGGACAACUUCGUCCUUAGAACGCAACGCGCGUAAUUACACUAUCAAGUAUAGCACUGUAGGGAUCAACGUAAUAAACUAGGAAUUAAAUAGAAUAUCGUAAGAAUCGACAAACCGCAGAUUGAAAAUCGAAUUAUCAUCGAUGAUUAUCAAAAAAGGAGCGCAGUUGUUCCUUCAGAUGCAAAGAUCAAACGGAAUAUUAUAAGUAUCGAUACAGCGGAUUAAAGAUUUACUAAUACGAUAGAUUAAAUAUCAAACAUUUAUAGAGAUCGAUAAAAUAAAUCGAGGAUCAAAUACAAUACCACAAGGGCAAAUAAAAUAGAUCAGGGGUCAGUCAAGCACGAUACAACACAAGGAUCGGUAAGACAUUAUCGGUACGAUCAAUCAGAGAUUAAGUAGAAUACUAGAGGGAUCGAUAAAAUACGAUCAAGGUUCCCAGCGAUCGCGAGUGAUCGACGAGAGAAGGCAGCUGUUCGAUCGAACGAAAGGAGAAUUAUAAAUUCCCCGUCGAAAUUAUAAAUCCCGCGUAGACGAUGAAUAUUUCAUCGAGGGCGAGGUGAAACACAGCGGGCCAUUCGUUCGAAAAACGAUAUCCCGGUCCUCUCGAAGGAUUUAUAACGAUGCGCGUGAACAGGCCGGAUAGAAUCUCUCGCGACGUCGCGCGUUUGACGAUCGUUGCAGGUGAAACGAGAAACGCCGGAACCGGAGGACGCGUAUAAGAGGGACGUAGGUAUAUACGAACCGGAUGGAAACUGCAAUCCGGACGUUUGACAAACGAUAGUGCCGGUAACGUGCUACAGGAACGAUCCUUCGCAGCUCGAUUAAAAGAAAACACAUUGAAACGGUGUGUCAAAACUUGUAUUACUCUUUAGAUACUCCGUAGCAAAUUUCUCUUAUCGAAACUUUUAAACGAACACGUUUAAACAGUUCAAGGGGAAGGAAACAGGUUGAUACACAUGUGUACGUAUCUAGGUAGGUUUCUAUAGUUCUCAAAAUUUUCCGGAAAAUUAUAAAGUAAUUCAUAAAAUUAUUGAAUUAAAUAAAAUAAAACAGUGUUUUCGCCCAUCGUUCGAGAAGAAGCGAGCAUAUCAAAACAGUGUACGUACGUAAACCUUCGUCGCACUUCGAAUCUUCGAAUAAAAAAUUCCAAACGAAGACGCGCAAAUCGAGUCAGUAAUCAACUGACUGAACUUAAAACGCGUUACUAAAUCGCUGCAAGAUCCGCGCGAAUCGCAGCUGUUUCUCGAAGCGGAACAUCAGUCGAAGAGCGGACUAACGAAGUGAAGAAGCGAAACGAAAAACAAAAAGAAUAUAUAAGAAAGAAGAAGAGAAGCAGCUCAAGAUUGAACAUCUUUUAGAUAUUCCUCGGUCAACGACCUCGACGAAGUGAAUGUUUAAUCGACGAAGGAACAAAACUACGGAUCGAUCCAAGAUCAUCGCAUAUCUAAGCGUAUUGUACAAGAAGAUCGCGAUCAAACUGACAGAAUUUUUCACUUCCUUCCUGCGCCCUAUCGUUCGAUACUAUCGAGCUCCUCUUUCCCGACAAUAAUAUUCGUUAUCCUACCGAGAUUGAGAAAGUCAGCGAGCUUCUGUCGAAAUUGGAUUGAGAAACGACACGAGGCAAGAAGUCGAGGAGCUGGUGGCGAACGACGAAGCGUGACUGGGUGCCGGAAGUUCCGUUCUCGACGCCACUUUUGCCCGCGAUGAGAAACGGUUUCGCGGAACGUGACACGCUCGACGAAUCCGCAAUCACGAUGGAAAUAUCAUAUAGCGGAAUUUCGAAGCGAUCGACGUCGCUUCUUUGAGAAAAUACAACGUAGAACGGAGAGAACCGAUAGUUAGAGGGAGAAACCGGAAACGGAGGAUGCUAGGAUCGAUCAGUGCCGCGUAAACGAAAUUUGACAAGUGUAUAAGACACAGUGUGUUUCCGUUUCGACGUUUUUGGUGUGGAACGUGAAAGAAGAGGCAAGAAUCAUGAGGGAUAAAUUUGCAUUCAGCUCUGGGGUGCCGGACAUGCACGAGACCCUGUCCAGUUUUUCGGAACAGUUCAGGGACGGACCGCCGAAACCGGAAAUAAAGCCGGAAACAGCCAAGGAGUCGGAGAGGACGGAUGAACCGAAGUGUGGUUGGUUCUGGUUCAGGCCCAUGUAUCUGCAGCAAUUUCGGACCGCGAAAUGGGCGCUUUUCUGGUUAUGUUGGACAGGUGCAAUGCAAGGUAUGGUGGUCAAUGGUUUUGUGAACGUGGUCAUAACCACGAUAGAAAGGAGAUUUGGUUUGAGGUCAUCGCAGACGGGCUUGAUAGCGGGCGGAUACGACAUAGCUAGUUUCCUUACACUCGUUCCAGUGAGCUAUCUAGGCGGCCGUUCAAAAGCAUCGAAACCGAGGUACAUAGGCAUAGGUGUUGUAGUCUUAGGCUUAGGAAGUCUACUUUUCGCGUCUCCUCACUAUAUUGCUGGACCAUACAGAGGCGGCCAGCAAUCGGAAAAUAUAUGCCAGAGGGUGACGAACACAUCGUCCCGUUCGCUAUCCUGUAAUGGAUCCGUGGGCCAAACAGACCAGGAACCAUACAGCGGAUUGUACUUAACUAUCUUUCUGAUGGCCCAACUUCUGCACGGGGCGGGUUCCGCUCCUUUCUAUACGCUCGGCGUUACGUACCUAGAUGAGAACGUGUCGAAAAAGAUGUCCUCUGUGUAUGUAGGAAUUUUCUACACAAUGGCCAUAAUAGGGCCUGCAUUAGGGUAUGUUGUCGGAGGCGAGUUGUUGAAGCUGUAUACAGAUUUUAUCACCGUAGAUCCGUCAGAGAUUGGCUUAACACCAAACAGCAACGUAUGGGUGGGAGCAUGGUGGAUAGGUUUCCUAGCAGCUGCGGUUAUAUGUUUCGUAAUUGCUAUACCGAUCUUGGCGUUUCCGGCAGCUUUACCUGGUUCGGAGAAAUUAGCCAAAGAGCGGGUGUCAGAGGCGCAUCAGAAGCCCGAGCAGCCGUCCUCGAGCGAUCGAGGGGAGGCGUUCUCGAAAAUACGUGAACUACCUCGUGCUCUGACCGAUCUGCUCGGUAAUCCAGGAUUUUUCAUGUUGAAUCUGGCAGGUGCCAGUGAAGGAUUGCUUAUCGCUGGUUUCGCCGCGUUCCUGCCGAAGCUGAUCGAAAAUCAAUUCAACGUCAGCCCUAGCUCGGCUGCGUUACUAAUGGGUCUAGUGACUGUACCCGCUGGCGGUGGCGGUACCUUCCUCGGUGGUUAUCUCAUAAAGCGUUUUAAUUUGCCGUGCUCGGGCAUUUUAAAGUUCUGUCUGCUGGCCACCGCGUCGUGUAUCGCCUUCACUUUGUGCUUCGUUCUCAACUGCCCGAAUUUAAACUUCGCCGGAGUUACCGUACCCUACUCCGACCAAACCAAAAAAUCUUUUUCACUGGACAGCACGUGCAAUAACGGUUGCGGCUGCUCGAGGUCAGAGUUCAGUCCAAUAUGCGGAGUUGAUGGGAUCACGUACUAUUCCCCUUGUCAUGCAGGAUGUUAUCAAGGAACGAGGAUAAAUAACGUCGAAGUAUAUUCAGACUGCACCUGCAUACGCGAGCCACCGAUAAAUCUGACCACCGGUGGCAAUGUGAUCAGUUACGAGGCAAUAAAUACGACUUGCAACACAUCGUGCUCCUACCUAUGGCCCUUCAUUACUCUAGCGUUUUGCAACAUGUUCAUAACUUUUCUCUGUACGAUGCCCGCGCUUUCAGCGACGCUUCGGGUCGUUCGAGAUGAUCAGAGAUCGUUUGCCUUGGGUAUUCAGUGGAUUAAAGUUAGGAUUCUGGGCACGAUACCUGCACCUAUGGUGUUCGGCGCACUUAUAGACGACACUUGCAUUUUAUGGAAUGGAACCUGCGACGGUGGAGGAUCCUGCCUCGUUUACGAUAAUUUAUACAUGAGCAGGUACAUGCUGGCGUUAGCCUUUAUCGGUAAAGCAGCGUCCCUCCUGUUCUUUUUCCUGGCUUGGUGGACGUACAUUCCUCCGAAUAGAAGAGUUACACAAAAUUCGCGGGAAGAACCAACAACGACGUUAAUGUUAAACGAUACUCAGCACGAAGGCCCAACCACACCGGCAACCAUAAACCCUAUAAUCGAUCCAUAA